UAUAGCCAGCCACACAUCCAAACUGUCUGAAUAACAUCCACUAGUUAGCUGCUGUCCUCCUCCUCCUCCAUGCUCCAGAUCAGAAUUGAAGGGUUUCUGUGCAGCAGCACCAAGCAGGAGCUUAGCAAGGAUGCCGGGCAGUAUCCAGAUCUCAGACAUCCAACCACCAGUCACCCCUCCACUGUUCUUGCAAGUUACUGUCGGAAAAAGAGAGUACAGUGGAAACAUAGGGCAAGAUGGUUUCUCUUUUCCAGUUACAUCACUUCGUGAUAGCAUGGUCAUGACACUGUACGACGCAGGCAAGGACUUGGUAUCUAAAACAGAGGUGAAUACAAGGGCGAUUGUUGAGUUGGGAACCAUGGAUGCUGUUUUCAGUCUGGACAGUGGAGGGGCAAUUAUUCUCCAGUUGAGGUUCUUACUCAGUGAUGAAGACCGCAAGCGUAUCCAAGAAAUGAGGAACUCUGUAGUGAAAAGGAAACAGCAAGAGCUUCUUGGGAAUGGCCAUGAACUCUAUUUCCAAGAGCAGGCAGAAGAGAUCUCUGACAUUGCAAGUAAAGGAGAUCAUCUUAUGCUUCGCAAGAGCAUGAAACUGGAUGAUCUGAAAGAAAGGGAUGCCUCCUCUGUAGUAAGUGUAGCAUUGCCUAAUGAGCAUUCAGAAGAAAUCUCUGACAUCGCAAGCAAAGGAGAUCAGCUUACGCUUCGGAAGAGUCUGUCACUGGAUGAUUUGAAAGACAGCUAUGUCCCCUCUGUAGCAAGUUUAGGUUCCCGCGCGAUAGGUUCAAAUGACCUAGUGCUUGAAGGCCCCAUUGAUAUUGACUCCAAGAAAGGUCAGGGCAAAGAGAGUAGAUUAAGUAGUGCAGUGAAGAAGAUGAUAACUGCCUUUGAAAGCAGCUCUCCGCAGGCUCCGCAUUCGAUCCCAAGGAUAAAAUCAGAAAGCUCUUUAGAAGGGGUGUCAGUUUCUUCAGAGACUUCCACCAACUCUUCCAUCAAGCCUCAUACUAGUGGCGCAUCACUGAGUAUGCAGAGAGAUCUUUCGGCCGGAACAUCAGGCAAAGUGACCAUUACUUCUGCCGAUACAGUUUCAAGUUCGAGGUCGGGAAAGCAGGUUAUGUUUGGCAAGAAGAAACCAGCCACAUCUAGACAGACGGGUGUGUCAAGUACAUCUGAAAGCCGAAGACGAAGCUCCAGUAGGCGCGAGAGAACAGCUAAGACGAGCAUGGGAGACAAUGAUUUGAUCCGUUCUGCAGAAAAGCAUCGCAGUCGCUCCAUCGGUGCCUACCUGCCCGAGCAGCAGCAGACGGACCGUUUGGCUGCGGCUUCCAGCAUCACCUGGAUCCACCCGCAUGUCUGCAUUACAACCGCGAGCAGACAACUGAGAAACCUUGUUGACCUCGAGCACCUCAAUUCAGUGAGGAACAUAGAACCGAAUGCAAGGGAAGAAACUAAAGAGAACAAGAGCGGGGAUGACAUGAGGGACGCGGCAUUUUCGGCACGGCAGUCUCCGGUGUUGAACGGGUGGUUGAUUAACCAGGGGGUGCGUGCCGUGAUUGUGGUCAUUGCCUGUGGGGCAGUGUUUUUCAACAACAGGUGAAGAAGAGGAAGAAGAAAAGUGGCAGUUAAUAUGAGAAGCUGCGAUGAGAUGGGUUGUCAUCCGUGCUAAUCAGUCGCUGGCUUUCAUGAUGACCUGGAAGACUGGUGAUAGAGUUCUUUCCCGUAUGUCUCUCUCUGGCGCAACGUGGCAAAAAGGUUCCCCGUACUUUAUCAGCCGCGACGCGCGAUAGCUGUCACCGUGCGAUGUGGAUCGAGCUUCCGACGAACCUGACCUCGCUGCAAGCUUAGAACAAGGUCAACCAUGGAAUAGAAAUUGUGUACAUCAGUUUUCUUAUGAAGUAAAUCACCGUCUUUCUGUCUCUAUAUCAGUUUCUGAAUAAAUGAAAGUUGUGCCACCCAUGACCCAUCACACAGAUGAGUAGAAUCCUAGUUCUCAGUUUGAAGUUUUUAGCUAGCUUCAUGACGAAUGUGAUGAUGAA